GCCAAGCAGAAGGUAGGAACCCCAGUCUACAGUUUGGGCCGCAAAGUCUCUCUCUCUCUCUCUCUCUCUCUAUAUAUAUAUAUGAUCUAAGCGGUGGAGGCUAAAGCAACAAUCUAUAGAGUACCUGCAGAUACUAUGCCCAAGGAGGAGAGCAUGACCAUCGAAACAGUGCAGACAAAUUCCAAUCUCGAAGUUCCUCGGAGCGAAGUCCAACCACAACGCAUAACCCUGAAUCCUAAAUUACUUGAAGCAGCAAGAACAGGAGACAAAGAUAUUCUAGAUAAAUUGCUGCGACCAAAAGAUAUUUCUUCUGGGGCUUCAGUAGGGGAGUUUGCAGUGACAAUACCAGACGAUUCUGCAACACAAAAGGAUGCCUCUCACCUCCUUGGAGUAACACUGGAGGGGAAUACGGUCCUCCAUAUAGCUGCUAGCCGAGGACAUCUGGAGAUUGCCAAGGAGAUCUGUCGUAGAGAGAUCUCUCUUUUAGCAGCACCAAACACAAGGCUUGACACUCCGCUGCAUUGUGCUGCAAGGGUUGGGGAUGACAAGAUGGUCUCCCUCAUCAUCGGAUUUGUAAAAGAGGACGGGAUCGAAGCAAGGAGAGUGCUGACAGCCCAGAAUAUAGACGACAACAAUGCUUUGCAUGAGGCUGCCAAAUAUAAUCGUGUGCGUGUGGCCACAAUAUUGAUGGAGAAGGACACUGAACUAGCAUCCAUGCUGAACCGUUUCAAAAUGUCUCCCCUCUACCUAGCCAUGGUGUCAAGAUCUCUAGAGGUAGCCAAAGUCUUACUAAAAUUUUCCUUUUGGAAGGAGGCUUCUCCAACAUCUUAUGCAGGUCCUGAUAAGAAAACGGCAUUGCACGCAGCAGUUCUCAUGAGUCCAGAAAUUACUCGAGACUUAUUGCAUUGGAAGCCAAUGCUCACCAAAGAUGCCGAUUCGUUGGGGAGAACUCCUCUUCAUUAUGCAGCUUCAUAUGGUGAUCAUAAUAUAGUGAAGCUAUUAUUAGAGAACGAUCCCUCUACAGCCUAUCUAGAAGAUGCCAAUGGCUUAUUUCCUAUACACAUUGCAGCUAGAAUGGAAAAUGUUCUUGUAGUUGAUCAGAUUUUGGAACACUACCCGAAUGCAGAUGAAUUAUUGGACAAGGAGGGAAAGAAUUUUCUUCAUGUCGCUUUUCAAUGGAAAAGAUUAGAUUUGAUCAGGAAAAUUAUCUCAAAAAGACCGGAUCUCCGGAAGCUGUUAAAUGACCAAGAUAACAAUGGGAAUACGCCGUUACACACAGCUGUUACAAACAGUGACCAAUCGAGCGUGCAUUUUCUUCUACGGGACAAAAGCGUAUAUCCCAACAUUAUCAACCAUCAUGGAUUCACUCCUCUCGACUUGGCUUAUAAAAAGUUGGAUGAAGACCUGCCAUUCCGGAUGGAUUCAUCAGAAGUUUGCAUUGCAAGCUGCUUGGCCUCAAUAAAGGCUCGGUCCAGUCCGCAAGAAUUGCAUGAUUUAGAAAGCGGUGAAUUAUCCAGCGAUGAGGCCAAAGAGAAACCAUCCGGCGAUGAUAUGUUCAAACAAAAAUCAUCUGGCAAUAAAGCUAAAAGGAAACCAUCAGCCAGCAGUCAGGCCAAAGGGAAACCAUCAUCCAGUAGUAAGGCCAGAAGGAAACAAGCAUCCAGCAGUAAGGCCAAAGGGAACCCAUCUGGCGAUGAUAAAUUCAAAACAUCCCAUCAGAAAAAGAAUGAUAGGUCCAAAGAAAAUUCAUCCCGCAACGAGGGCGAUGAAAUCGGGAGACAGGUGAAUUUAGCCAGAAAUCUCGGGAUCGCUGCGGUGUUAAUUGUUACGGUCACAUUUGCUGCUGGUUUCACUCUCCCCGGCGGGUACAUAGCUGAUGAUCAUCUAGGCCGUGGCACAGCAGUUCUAGCAAAAGAGUAUACCUUCAAAGUAUUCGUCAUCUCAGAUGCCUUGGCAUUGGUGUUCUCCAUCAUAGCCACAUGCUGGCUCAUGCAUGCUGGAACGUCGAUAGUUGAUAAACAUAGUCGUAGACGAGCCCUUUCUUGGGCAAUGCGCUGUCUGUGGGCGGCAUUUGCUGGCAUGUGUACUGCAUUCGGAAUGGGUAUAUAUGUAGCAUUGGCGCCCAGCUGCAAGCGUAUCAGCAUUCCUUUAUGCAUCGCGUCUCUGGGAGCCCCUAUUUUUGCUCAUGUGGUGGCAAAUUAUAACGUCUAUAGGUUGCUGGGAACAGUAAGAAUCAGGCAAGGGUAUAGACAAUGUAUUUGGCCGACCAUACACCUGCACGAUAAGAAACGUCUUGCUCAUUAUUCGCAGCCCAGUAGACAUGUCAUUAUUUUUCUGCUUCUCACAUUUGGCACUUAUGCCAUCGUUUUCCUAUCAGCGAUGCUCUAGGUGCGUAAAAUUCAGAACCAUUUGAAGAAGCGGUUGUUAGCAUGCGCGGCUGACAAAAGUCCAAAGAAUAGCUUGUGUAUUCCGUGGGGAAUAAUAUUUUAAUUAGUUUUUAUAUUUCGUACUUGUAAAAUUUUCUAUCUCUGUGCUAAAAAUAUUAGCUUUCUUGGAGCUGGCAAUAAAUGUUUGUUCUCUUGCUCUCUUGCAAAUAUAAAGGAGAAAAAAAUUCUCUCUUUUUUCAACUUGACUGAGCAGAGAUUACAGCUGCACUGGGUUUGAGAUGGAAUUAAAUGAUGAAGACGUGACCUUGGCACCGGAUCUACAGGUAUUCAACUGCUACUAUUCCAUACUGAGUAUUAGUAUGGCAUAUAUUUUGAUACCAGCACACGAUGUGAGAACACAUCGAAUUGCAGUAACUUAUCGAUAUGCUAUGAUAAUGUCAC